AUGCCGCCACCCUCCGCAACGGAGCGAAAUCGAAUAAAGGCAUUCGUCGAGCAGACUGGCAAUCAUGCACCAGGCUCUCCGCAAAAGAAUCGCCGUGGCAAUCAGAGCCCAGAUACUGCCUUUACCGAAAACCUGGAGAGCCUCGAUAUAAUACAGGCCAACAACCAAUAUGAAAAAGCCCACGACGACGUGUUUGACGAGAACACGCGCCCCGCUUCAGCCCAGAGCGCCGACCGCCGCCCCGGGCAUCUUGAUCAUCUCUUUACUGGGUCCGAACUCUCGGAGGCGUUCAUGAGAUCUGGCCGGUCUACGCCGACGAGCGAGUACAACAGAAGAGUACCUGUCAAAUAUGUAUCAAAGGCACCUCAUAGACAAGAAUCGAAGAAAACCUCUCGAUUUACUCACGCUGCGGCCCAUAGCUUACCAACUGUGACAGUUGGAAGUGAUCUCCGCAUGACUGUGGCGGAGCAGCCACAGAAGAGCAACUUUGCCGAAAUGAAGGAUGGAUUUUCAGCAGCUGGUUUAACAUAUAGUAAUGCGAGACAUCCUCAGAGUCCAGUGCGAAACAGCCAGAGACUCCAGCAGCCGCAGCAUAAUCAUAACCAUCAUCAUCACUAUAAUACUCAGCAAAAGAAGUCUCACAAACGCGAGCCAUUGAUGCCGGCACCGCAAGUGGAAGAGGAAAACCGUGGUAGAACACAGAGUCGAGCGAGAUUCGAAGCUACGCCUCCAGCUUUUACUGACAGCGACGUCGCAUCCCAAUCAUCCCGCGGCAAAGACGACCUUCAAACGACACCACGAGGCAAACAAUUGCCGACACGAAACAGAGUGCAUUAUGCACACUCUCCAGUCAAGCAGUUGGAGGACAGAAAAAGGCGCCGCAAGAGCCUCGACUAUGACGAUCAGGCACUGAAUGUAAUGGAGUAUAAAGAGCUUCUGGAGCAACCAUUUGACUUUGACCCUGCCACGGCAAUGGCAACGGGAAAGCACACCGGGCAUCACGGCGAUGGCAAUCAACGGCUAGCGCAGAUGCAACACAUGGGAAGCGCUGAGCAACAAAGAUUUUUCGGGGACAUGCCAGUGGACGAAUGGGAAUCGGCUGGAAAUUGGUUCUCGGAACAAUUCACGGGCAUCAUGCGAAGAUUGACGGCGGCUCGGCAAUCAAAACGGCAGAUUGUGGAAAGCUUCGAGCUGGAGGCGGCUGCGCGCGAGGCAGAAGUCAGACGGCGGUCGGAUAAGAUUGACGAGAAGCUCCAAAAGAUGCGCGAAGAUGGCAUGAAGGUCGUCGGAGGUCGAAGCUGA